AUGGGGACGGACGGACGGACGACGAGCUCGGGCUCUGCUCCUCCUGCGCGGCUCCGUGUGCCGCGUCUGAGGCGCUGCCUGCUGCUCGCUGCCUUUGGUUUCACGCUGUACAUGUCCAAAAUACUGAAGUGUGCUGGAAACGAAGACAUCAUAACUCUCCGAGCAGAAGACAAUGCGGAUACGUUGGCUCUAGUGUUUGAAGCACCAAAUCAGGAAAAGGUUUCUGAUUAUGAGAUGAAGCUCAUGGAUCUUGAUGUGGAGCAGCUUGGAAUUCCAGAGCAAGAAUAUAGCUGUGUGGUGAAAAUGCCUUCCGCUGAAUUUGCACGCAUCUGUAGAGACCUCAGCCACAUCGGUGAUGCAGUUGUCAUCUCCUGUGCAAAAGAUGGUGUAAAAUUUUCAGCUAAUGGAGAGCUGGGCAAUGGGAAUAUCAAGCUGUCACAGACCAGCAAUGUGGAUAAAGAGGAGGAAGCUGUUACAAUAGAGAUGAACGAGCCAGUCCAAUUGACCUUUGCUCUGAGGUACCUGAACUUUUUUACCAAAGCCACUCCCCUGUCACCUACAGUAACCCUCAGCAUGUCUGCAGAUGUUCCUCUUGUUGUGGAGUACAAGAUUGCUGAUAUGGGACACUUAAAAUACUACCUGGCUCCAAAGAUUGAAGAUCAACAAGAAGGCUCUUAAUUGGAGUAGGACUGAGGGGGAGAUCUGGUCCUCCUUUGGGGAGGACAACUGAUGUUGAGAAGGAAAUGGUGGUGGUAGCAGUUUCAGUGCAUUGGAGCAUCAUAUGAGCACUGUUAGGCAUGUUGUGUAGAUAACUUUGUAAAUAUUUUUCAACUUACUACUUUGCUAUACUGGUGUCAUUGGAAAUAGGAAAUUUUGUUUAUUCUAGUUGAUUCCUGUGCUUCCAGUAAUCUCUUAGAUGCUGUCUUAAGGUGAAAUAUCUUACUCCUUUCAACUUGUGUUAGAGAAGGGGUGCAAUAUUUAACUUGAGUAAUGACAAUGUUUCCUAGAGGUUCC